UUGCCAGUGGUGGCACCCAGUUUUAAUGAAAGAUCUGUGCUUAUCAGAACGUCGGAGACUUAUGGAUUUCGGAAACGAACAACGAAUUUCUCCUAGGGUUUAUCAAUUAGCCCAAAUAGUUUAUCGAGAGUUCGAGAUCAUGAGAAAUAUUUGUGGUGAAUCCACCUACGGAAGACUAGUGCCUAUUGUUAUCAGUAUCCUAGAAGAAAUGGACCUUUUGGUUCUCGAGAAGCAGAAAUUGGAUCUCGAUUUGAAUCUUCUAACUGCUGAAAAGAAUGAUCUUUCUGUAGAGCUAUGUCGUCAAAAAGAACUUUACACAGCCUCAAAAAGGCAUAUUCACUGCUUAGAAGAUGAACUUCUUGGAAUGAAAAAAGAAACAGAUAAAAAACUAGAGGAGCUGGAAGAAACUCUUAGACAUUAUAGACUUAUAUCUAAGAACGCUAAUGACCACAUUUUCAGACUAGAAGAAAGAGAACAAAAUCUGAAAUCAGAACUAUCAGCACAAAAUGAAAGAUACACAAAACUACUCAAAAUUUACGUGGAUUAUAUAGAAACAAAUAGUUUAUCGAUGUCAAACCAUGAUACCGAAUCAGGAACAGUAUGUGUGAGUCAUAAGAUGGACGUGAAAUUGAACGAUGGAGUGCUGAAAUCGACCGCCGAUACACGUUCUCCAGACGAUAAUUCACAUCGAAAUUCGGCCGAGUCCAAUUGUCUUCUAAAUAAGGAUGUCGAAAAUUAUCCGAACAUCGGUGUUGAGUUAACAAAGUGUGGACCUGACGCAAAGACAUCAGCGCUGCUUGAUGAUGCUCUAAAACCCAAUGACCGUACCGCCUGUUUCAUUGACCUUUAUCAAGACACCGUGGAUUAUGAGACAGCUCUGGAAUCAGUUUCCGUCGUGGGACAAGUAGAUGAUGCUGAAGAUAUUGUUCCCGUUUCAGAAACACUUGAAGUCAAUGAUACUUCUUUAGGCAUGAUGAAAGAAGUUGAAAAGUUAAUUAAAGAGAAUACUGAUUUGUAUGAGACAAAAAACGCUUUAAACGUUUUAAAGGAUGACCUCAUUCGAAAACUGGACGAAGUUACUGGGGAGAAAGCCUUGUUAAUGCAAGAAGUUCAUGGCAUACGUAUGGAUCGAGACAAUAUUAAAUCUGAAGCUAAUCGUCUAUCACGUUUGGUUUAUGAAUGUCGUGAUCAAAUAUCGAGUUUAACUGCUCGUCUUAAAGUUUAUGAAGAUGUCAAUGAAGCUGAUGGCCAUUCAUCUAGACUGUCUCUGGCACCAAUACAACAAUCCAAAUCUUGUUGGACUUUAAAUACUGUAGAUUGUAUUGAAGAUACAAAUUAUCCUUCGAAACAUCGUAAUAAAUCUGUAGAUAACUUAAAUAGUAUUUUGCCAGAGAAUACUUUAACUAAGAAUGAAGGUGAUGGUGAUGCAUCUAUUUCUAUGAAAAAAGUGACCAAAUUUGGUGAAGCUUGUUUCACUAAACGAGAAAUGGCACGCGUAAUAGCGGAGCGUAAUAGCUAUAAAGAAAGAUUCUUGGAAUUACAAGAUGCAGUGCGUUUAGCGGAGCGGCUUCGAGGAGAACGUGACUCUCGUUUUCAACAAGUAUCAAUGAAUAAUAAUUAUGAACGGUGUGUCCAAAAGUCUCCUAGUGUCUCUGAAUCUUUCUUUUCUGCUGUUCAAUCUGGUUUAAAUGAAUUAUUUUCCAAUUUUGACCAAGCAGUGCCUUUAGCCUCCGUUUUGCCUUCAGAAGCUCAGUGUUACGGUCCAUUUCCAUUUGACAGUCAUAGCUAUUCCCAGCCAUCACACCAAAACGAACAUACAAAUACUUCAGGUGCUAGAAGGAAGAAUUCUGUAGGACUAAGAAGCAUGUCGUCGACUAAGCAAUAUAUCUAGGAAAGAUAAACAUUUAUCUUUCUCCUCUUCAGACGUAAGUGAUUUGCUAUUCUGAACUUCGUUCAUUCGAUUUAUAACUGUGGUGACAGAACAAGUCUUAUCACUUAUGAUUACAAUCUCGUCAACAUAUCUUCGAUAAGAUGGUACCUUUUCGAAUAAAUCUGCCGAUAAGCUCUCAAUGUACGACAUACAUAUAUCUGCUAAAAUGGGUCCUAACAGACUUCCUAUAGUAAUACUAUCAAUCUGACGGAAACAAUCACCUUCAAAAUAUGAACCUAACACUGCUAGUUCAUCGAUAGGAAAUUACGUAUGGAAAUGUAAUCACACAAAGUGUGAAUUAUUUUAAAUAUAAAUGUACAUCAGUGAAUAAAGAGUUCACAUCAAAAGAAUGCAUAUUUUUAUCAUUUAUAAUAUAAAGGCCAUCAAGGUAAUCAAUCAGUUAAAAUAAAUUUUCAGUACAUACACUUACAGAAUUGUCUUUUGACUGAGUCUAAUGAUUCCACUAACCAUUGAGCAAGCUUAUGUGUUAGUGACAUACACAUUUACAAUAUAGGGUGUAGAGGAUUACCGGGCUUAUUUAUUUUGGGUAAACCAUACAUGUAGGAAUUUAGAUUCAGGUGGUUUUCAAGAAUCAAAUGUAUCUUUCCUUAUAACUCUUACGCAAAGAAGUCUCACCGAAUUAGUUCUAGUGAGGUGCCUCUGAAGUAGACUCCAACCACUUAAAUAUUAAAUAAGUUAUUGGAUGAAAAGAAAUUUUUCAAAGAGCAAAUGGCCAGAUUUCAGGGGAAGAUUCUGUUCCACCUCUCAAGCAAUAAGUCUCAAAACUUAUCAAUAACCCUACAUAAAUUUUGUCAAAAUUAUUUGCAAAUGUCUUAACUAGCAUCUAAAUUAGAUCGAAAAUCGUAUGUGAAUUUUCUCAGUAACCCUUCAAAAAUCACAUGUGAAGACGUUUCCAAUAUUCACACACUGGAAUCCUGCAUUUUCUCAAUGCUUUCAAAUUCUAAUGAUCAUUAUUAACAUUAUGACUGCAUAAUUGUUUUGGAAAUGAUGACGAAAAUCCAUAAGUAGACUUAUUAUUCCUGAGUUAGCUUAAUUUCUGUCCUAUGUGUUGUUGUUUUCGGACAUAGUUUCAGAAAUCAAUCUGUGCGUUGCCUUCAAUGAUAUUUCCUUUGUGAAUAUUGCUGUCAACUAGCAAAUAUUCCGUAGUACCAUGUUAUUAAGUAACAUAUUACUGGUGUUCAUCGAACAUUAACCAACUUUAAUUUCUAGUCAUAUGUUCUGAAAGAAAUCAGGUGAGCAAAAGUGCAUCACGGUGUAUAUCGCUAUGGUGUUACCAAUCUUGACGAAUAUACUGCGAAAAUGUUGGGAAAGAUCUUUUCAAUAACGAAGGCUGAACAGCUGAACCAAUUACCAGCUACCGACUAAUCUCCAUGCUGAAAAACAAAAUAUAAGGCACUGAGCCUGAUAUAAACGGUUUAACAGUAAACUUUCCAACUCUGUACGUAAGUAGUGUAAUUUCCAACUUCACUAGCAACAUGAGAUUUCUCGAAUCUACUGAUGAGAUUUAAUAAGUAUAAAACCAAAAUCCUAAUCCUGUUGUUGACUGACUCAAUGUUAAAUACAUCAAGAACAUUUCGCUUCCCACUCAGUGCGUACAUUUAACUUGCUUCAAAUUUGAUG